UGGCAACCCAGCCGCCUGUAAACUCUCCCCGCCUACUGCAAGACAUGGGUGCAUGUUGAUUUUCUACAGCCGAGCGUUUUACUUUACCUUUAAAUUGAUAUUUGAAUGUAUUAUUAUUGACAUUUGACUUUCCCCUCAAGGAAUUCCUUUCUCAUGAACAAUGACAGAAGUUAAAGUCAAAAAAGAGUCAACGGAUCCUGUAGACAUCGAGAAUCGGAUAAAAGAGCUGUGUCAGCAGUUUCCACAAGGGAUCACAGACCAGGUCAUCCAGAAUGACAUGCCACACGUUGAAGCGCAGCAGCGGGCCACGGCCAUCAACAGACUGCUGUCUGUGGGUCAAUUAGACUUGCUCAGAAACAGCAAUGGCCUUUUAUACAGGCUUAAAGAUCUUCAGUCUGCAAGUAAAGUAAAAGGCUCUGAUAACCAAGAAAAACUAGUUUACCAAAUCAUAGAGGAUGCUGGGAAUAAAGGAAUUUGGAGCAGAGACAUUAGAUACAAGAGUAACCUUCCACUCACAGAAAUCAAUAAAAUCCUCAAAAAUCUUGAGAGUAAGAAACUCAUCAAAGCAGUGAAGUCUGUUGCUGCCUCUAAGAAGAAGGUCUACAUGCUGUACAACCUGCAGCCGGACCGAUCUGUGACAGGAGGCGCCUGGUAUAGCGAUCAAGAUUUUGAGUCUGAGUUUGUUGAAGUUCUCAACCAACAGUGCUUUAAGUUCCUGCAAAGUAAGGCCGAAGCAGCGAGAGACAGUAAGCAGAGCCCCAUGGUGCAAAGAAACAGCUCGUUUGCCACGUCUCAUGAAGUGUGGAAGUACAUCUGUGAGCUCGGCAUCAGCAAAGUAGAUCUGUCCAUGGAGGACAUUGAAACCAUCCUAAACACACUGAUCUUUGACGGCAAGGUGGAGAUGACUAUAAUCGCUGCUAAAGAGGGGACAGUGGGGAGUGUCGAUGGACAGAUGAAGCUCUACAGGGGAGUGAAUCCCAUAAUUCAACCCACAGGCCUGGUCAAAACACCAUGUGGACUGUGUCCGGUUUUUGAUGACUGUCAUGAAGGGGGCGAAAUCUCUCCAUCUAACUGUGUUUACAUGGUUGAGUGGUUGGACUUCUGACCAGCCAAGCGGAUGACUUUGUUUUUCUCUGUGGAGAAAGUAUUUUUCAUGCAGCGAUUCGAUGCAGCUGAAGAUUUCUUUUAUUUAUACUGAACAUUAAUGGCUUUAAUGACACGAGCAGAACUACACUGAGUGAAUAAGAAGCAGCUUACAUUUGGAGUCAUAAAAAGACUGAUGUAAUUUUUUCUUUUUUGGUAAUGGUUUGUUCUUUUUUUUUUUCACCCAUAGAUAUGUCUUUAAAGAUAAACCUCAACCACAUCAUUAAAUAAAGAAAUCAUAUUUGUUGAUAGGUAGUCAACAUA